GACUGACAUGUGAAACAGCGACGAAGGUUUCCUAAUUUUGAUAUGUGAUGGACGAUCGUUAUGGUUGAAUUUGUCUUAAGCGAUGCCUUCUUAACCGAUUUUUAAAAAGAAAUUCUGUUGUUUUACUUUAAUCCUACGCACUUCAGACAAAACUAUGGAUAACAACUAUUUCCUUAAAUUUAUGUUCCUUCUUUCUAUAGUUAACGGUGAAAUGUAUGACACCUCCUUCUCUUUAGAACUUUUCCAUGGCUUAGACCAAAGUAACGAUGGAGCAAUUUGGCAGUCUUGUAGUGUUAUCAAUUUACUUGAGAUGGUAAAUAAUGUAGCAGUUCCAAAUUUAAAACUCAAUGAAACCGAAACUGCACAAGUCAAAGAGUUAGCGUCUGAAAAUGGUUUGUUCGUGUUGAAAAUAGCAGUGAAAAGCAUGGAAAAAAAUCACCUAUCUUUAUUGUCUUUUACCAAAGCAUGUGCUUUGCUUGAAGAAGAUCCAAAGUUAUCUCUCACUGUUAACUUUGAUCAAGCAGGAUCUGUUAUUGGGGUCAAUGUAGCACCGAAAAAUUAUUGCCGGAACAAACCUGAAUCAGAACCAGUUGAUUUAACAGUCAAUUUGCUAUUAUCUUAUAAGUUCACUGAAGUAGGCCCUUUACCUGACACAACAACGUAUAUACAGAAAUUGGAAAAAGAAAGAGAAGCGAAAGAAAAAGGACAGGGGCAGGACCAUCGUUCAUUUCUUGCUAAAUACUGGAUGUACAUAGUUCCAGUUCUGUUGUUUGUUGUUCUAUCUGGAGCGGCAAAUGGAGAUGGCGGAGGAAGUGGGAGCUAGCCAACUGUUAGAUUUUUCCGCUAAUAAAUCAGUUCUGGGCUAAUAAACAGUUUCUUUUUUAUUCAGGCUUUCUAAAGCAAAUGUCUGUGUUGGUGUUCGAAUGCGCAAAGAUGAUCUGAAUGAAAUAUUCGGUCGAUGCGGACAUGAAAUGUGAGCCACAAAAUUUUCAUUUUGCUCAUAAUCAUAUGACUUUCCCAAUAAAACGAUCAAUUGUCAUGCACUCUUAAGAAAUAAUAAUAUAAAAUUUUCUUGGAAAAAAAAAUUAAAUUCAACAUUCCUUCGUG